AUGGCGUAUAUAUUGUCUGAGUGUGUUGAGCGCGGUAUCGAGAUCACUAACUUACUCGUAAAAAAUUUCAAGAAGCUCAUCGCCAUACGUUUCCCUGUCAAGCGCGACUUGAAAAGAAGUUCCAGAGCCACUGCACCAGCGCGAGACCACUGUAAAAUGAGCCUAGAAGAUGGUUUGGGCAAGCUAAGCUUGCAUGAGAAACAUGGGGCUGACAGGGACCAUAUCAACACCCAAAUCCUUGAUAAACACGCUCACAACAUCAAGACUGAUGAACUCUCGGUCACCAGAGCAAAAACGAGCAAAGAUAAGGCCAACAGAGCUACUGUGGAGAACGUCCUAGACCCUAGGACCAUGCGAUUUCUACAAGCCUUAAAGAGCAGAGGAGUUAUCUCCGAGUUCAACGGGUGCUUAAGCACAGGGAAAGAAGCCAAUGUCUACCAUGCCUUCGCAGGGUAUGGCGCUAAAUCAUCUGAAGAAGAGCAGAAGGUCCUGCCCAAUCAGGGGGAGAGACGCGAGUAUGCAAUCAAAAUCUACAAGACAUCCAUUCUGGUUUUCAAAGAUCGCGAGCGAUAUGUCGAUGGCGAGUUUCGGUUCCGGAACUCGCGCUCUCAGCAUAACCCAAGGAAAAUGAUCAAAAUCUGGGCCGAGAAGGAGUUCAGAAACUUGAAGCGAAUUUACCAAAGUGGUGUAGUCCCCGCCCCUGAGCCUAUUGAGGUCAAGUCCAACGUGCUUGUUAUGGAGUUUUUGAACCGUGGAGACGGCUUUGCUUCGCCUAAGCUGAAAGACUUUCCUUACAAGGAUCGCGACGAAACAUUGUAUUACUACCAUACGAUGGUGGCAUACAUUCGGUUGCUCUACCAAUGCUGUCAGCUAGUGCAUGCAGACUUGUCUGAGUACAACACUAUUGUUCACAACCAAAAACUUUAUGUCAUUGAUGUCUCUCAAAGCGUACAGCCUGAACACCCUAUGAGUUUGGACUUUCUCAGGAUGGAUAUCAAAAACAUUAACAGCUACUUCGAGCGUAUGUCGAUCGACAUCUUCCCAGAAAGAGCUAUCUUCCAGUUUGUUAUUUCAGACAAGCUUGAAAAAUUCGAGGGCGAAUACACGAAUGCCGAAGACCUGAGGCAGUAUGUUGCUAAAACGCUACGCCCCAAAUCUGGCCCCGAAGAUGAGGCGGAAGAUGAGGUUUUUAGGUCCCUCCACUUGGUGAGGAAUCUUGGCGGUCUUGAAGAGCGAGACUUUGAUAGGUUUACGCUAGGAAAGUUCGACCUGCUAAAGAGCCUUAUUGCUCACGAUAAUCAAAAGGUUGCCAGUAACUUUACUGCCUCCGAGCAAUACGAACUGUCCUCAUCAAGCGACGAAGAAGUCAGUGAAGAUGAAGAUUACAACGAAAGCGGAAGUGGAAGCGAGGACGACGAUGGAGAUGACGAAAGUGGAGAGAGUUCAGACGAAGAAGAGUGGCUCGAGAAAUCUAAAGAGAUUAAGGGGAAAAAGCACGAAGAUAAAGAUUCAAAGAAACAACGGAAAACCGAUGCCAAAGAGGCCAAAAGGGAAAAACGGAAGACCAAAGUCAAAAAGCAUAUCAAGAAAAAGCUUAUCAAGAAGACCAAGUCAAAGAAAUAA